UUAUUAUGAUUAUGAUUGUAUUAUGUAUUUCUGUUCAGUCAGAUAGGGAUGGAUGCGCAUGCAGACUCGGUGCAGUGUAUGAUGAAAUACCCCACAUGUCUGGGCACUGGUAUUUUAGGCAGAGAAUAAAAUGCUGGGUUAUUCUCUAUUUCGGAGUUACACAGAGGUUUGGUUAAAAAAAAACAAACAAAUAAAUCUAUGCUAUGAUGUAGGAAAUGUGUAUUAGUGGAGGUGAAUUUAGAUGAAAAGAGAGCUUAUAAUAAUAUAAUCGCAUAUAAGCCGUGAUGGAGACCAGGCUGGUGUGCCAUGCCUCAUCAUACCGCUGGAUGGUUCAACUUGAAAAAUGUGGAAGUGAUAUUUCUGACCUGAUAUCCGACUUUUAAAAAAUAAUAAGAAGCAUUUCCAUUGUAUAGUAAAUAUUACAAUUAAAAAAAUGCAUCAUUUCCUUUAUGUAGCCGCCGUGAGAGCAUUGACCAAUCACUGACCGUGUUUGGGUUCUUAUGCAAAUGACCUCGUGCAUUGCCGGGGAGGCUCAAUUAUUAAAGCGCGGCUGAAUACGCUCAUUUUCCGAGCAAACCUAAUACUGUGAAGAGCCUGAAUGUCGAAUACACACCACCUGGAUUGACAGUAAAAUAAAAUAGUACAUUAUGCUAUGUUCUCCAGACAAGCAUAUUCGUCGCGUGGAAGUGAAACGACCUGGUGUAUUUGAAUAUUGUGGAACGCCUUUUGACUAUUUAGAUUUCCAUAUUGUCCAGCUGCACGAGACUAUUACUAGCCUAUGCUUUAUAAUCCUGCUAUACUAUUCAGCAGUAGUAUCAGUAGGCUAAAACACUGAUGGGAUGCUAUUUUCAUUAUUUUCAUUAAAUGUACACACUCUAAGAAAAAAUACAACUGUUCUUGUCCUUGUCGCUGGAGUGAUACCAUCAAGGUUACCUCUUUUGUACCUUUGUUGUACCUUGUGUGUGUAUUUAUUACCUGAGGAGGUGGAUGUUGUGUGUGCUUUUAAUUAGCAUUUAAAGCAGGGGUGUCAAGCCUAACCCAGCCCUAUAAAGCUUAUUACCCAGCCCAGAAAAUGAAUUUAUAAUCCGUGUUUUAAAAUAAAAUCGUUUUUUGGACAGAAAAUGAGCUGAAAGAUUUGGGGAAAAGCUAGUCUUUGUUAUUCUACCAGGAGGCAAUAUAUUCCACUGACAAAACUAGCUAAUGAUAUGUACUUCUUCGUUAGCAAGCUAAAAAGUUGACAUACAACCCCAGUUAAGUUUAUUUCAGUUCACUAACACUACAAAAUUCACAUAAAAGUUGGGCAGGGGGUGUGAAGACUUAAUCAAACACUGUAUGGUAAAACCAUAACUUGGAAAAUUAGUUUUCUUGGUACUGAAUUGUGGUCUGUUCAUGUGUUUUGUAGGUGAUGGCUAUUCACCAGCCACUUUAAAAUGAACACUUGUACACCUGUGCUCAUUUAUGCAAUUAUCUAAUCAGCCAAUCAUGUGGCAGCAAAGCUAUGCAGAAAAAGAUACAGAUACAGGUCAAGCACUUCAGUUCAUUUUGAAGAUUGGAAAAACAUCACCAGGUCUGUUUCCAAUCUUCAAGUGUCCAGUUUUGGUGAGCCUGUGCCCAGUGUAGCCUCAGAUUCCUGUUCUUGGCUGACAAGAACCCGGUGGAGCCUGAUGUAGAGCCUUCCAUUUCAGAGUAAAGUUUUAAAGGUAAAAGAUAUAUACUAAAUCUGUACAAAAGAUGUAUCCUUAAUGGUAACACCUAAGUGACAAGGAAAGCCUGCCACGUAACAAUGAGGCCAUAAAUAUCACCUCGCUCCGUGACAUCUCAUUAAUAUUCCAUUUGAAGCGCGUGACUUUAAAGAAGAGAUUUAAGGUUGUUCAGGCAUACUCCCUGCCCUUCAUCCCAAACCAAAAAAGACAUUUCUCCCCUUAGGAACGAUUGACUUAUCAAAUGCCCAAAAACAGCAGAUCCGUCAAGAGAGAGCUUGACGAUGAUGUCACUGAGUCUGCCAAAGAUCUGCUUUCCAACGAGGAUGCAUGUGACGAGCCGUUUCAGAAGAGCACAGUGAGCGUGCGAAACGCAGCCGGCUGUGAGGAGCGGCACGUGGAGGAAGGCUCUGAUGAUCCCGAAGAGGAGGAAGAUGAAGGCGAGGAGAGGCCCGCAUGGAGCAGCAAACUCCAGUACAUCCUCGCACAAGUGGGUUUCUCAGUGGGCCUUGGCAACGUCUGGAGAUUCCCAUACAUGUGCCAGAAAAACGGAGGUGGAGCCUACCUGGUGCCCUACCUCAUCCUGCUUAUGGUGAUUGGGGUCCCACUGUUCUUCCUGGAGCUGGCUGUGGGCCAGCGCAUCCGCCGUGGCAGCAUCGGCGUCUGGAACUACAUCAGCCCUCGACUGGGUGGCAUCGGCUUUGCCAGCUGUGUGGUGUGCUUCUUUGUGGCCCUUUAUUACAAUGUCAUCAUCGGGUGGAGCCUGUUCUACUUCUCUCAGUCAUUUCAGGAGCCUCUGCCCUGGCACGAGUGUCCUCUAGUCAAAAACAAGACCACCACAUAUGUGUUGCCUGAGUGCGAGAAGAGCUCGGCUACUACCUAUUACUGGUACCGUGAGGCUCUGGAUAUUUCUGACUCCAUCUCAGAGAGCGGAGGACUCAACUGGAAGAUGACGUUGUGCCUGCUGUCUGCGUGGUCCAUGGUGUGUCUGGCCAUGAUCAAAGGCAUUCAGUCCUCAGGGAAGGUGAUGUACUUCAGCUCCCUCUUCCCCUAUGUGGUGCUAAUCUGUUUCCUGGUGAGAUCCCUCCUACUGAAAGGUUCUGUGGACGGCAUCAUCCACAUGUUCACCCCCAAGUUGGAGAUCAUGCUGGAGGCUCAAGUGUGGCGUGAAGCUGCUACACAAGUGUUCUUCGCUCUCGGCCUGGGUUUCGGUGGCGUCAUUGCCUUCUCCAGUUACAACAAGCGCAACAACAACUGCCACUUUGAUGCCGUUCUCGUCUCCUUCAUCAACUUCUUCACGUCUGUGCUGGCCACGCUGGUGGUGUUCGCCGUCCUCGGCUUUAAAGCCAACAUCAUGAAUGCCAAGUGUGUCGAACUAAACACAAAAAAGAUUGUUGGAUACCUUGGCAACGAGGUAAGUGCUAACUUAAUUCCGCAUCACAUCAACUUAAGUCGUGUGAGCACAGAAGACUACCAGCAGAUGACCAGCAUCAUCCGUGGAGUGAUGGAGGACGAUUACCCUCGCCUGGGCCUUGACAGCUGUGAUAUAAAAGAGGAACUCAACAAGGCAGUACAGGGCACAGGCCUCGCCUUCAUCGCCUUCACUGAGGCCAUGACACACUUCCCUGCCUCUCCUUUCUGGUCAGUCAUGUUCUUCCUAAUGUUGGUGAACCUGGGGCUGGGCAGCAUGUUUGGCACAAUCGAGGGUAUCAUCACACCCCUCGUGGACACUUUUAAAGUGCGCAAGGAAUACCUGACAGUUGGCUGCUGCUUGCUGGCGUUCAGUAUUGGUCUAAUCUUCGUCCAGCGAUCAGGCAACUACUUUGUGGCCAUGUUUGAUGACUACUCUGCUACGCUGCCCCUCCUCAUCGUAGUCGUUCUGGAAAACAUGGCUGUAGCCUGGGUCUACGGCACAGAAAAGUUUUUCGAGGAUCUGAAGGACAUGUUGGGUUUCACUCCGUUCCGAUAUUAUUACUACAUGUGGAAGUAUGUUACUCCUCUGCUGCUGCUUGCACUGCUGACUGCUAGCGCCAUUCAGCUGGGCAUGAGUCCUCCCAGCUACAGAGCUUGGAACCAGGAGCUGGCUCAGGACCAAUCACUCAGUUAUCCUCCAUGGGGCCUGGCUGUCUGCAUCACGCUAGUGAUUGCUGCUAUUUUGCCUGUCCCUGUUGUGUUGAUGUUGCGAUAUUUCAACUUGAUUGACGAGAAUGCCGGCGGCGUGUCCUCCAUCUCCUAUAAGAAGGGCCGAAUCAUUAAAGAGAGUGUUCACAGAACGAGGCAAGAGGAAGAGGGAGAUGACACCAGUCUCCUCCAGGGAAAAACACCAAGUGAGGCUCCUUCUCCCAUGCCGCCUAAUAGUAUGUACCGCAAGCAGAGUAGCUCCACGGCUCAGGCAGAUCCCACCUCCAAUGGCCACUUCAGCAUCGGCUAUCUCAUGGCCGACAUGCCAGAUAUGCCCGAGUCCGACUUAUAAAGGCAAGUCAUGUUAUGUUUCCCUCAGAGCUCAAGUUCAGGGCGUACAUGUGAACAUAAAUCAGUUCAUUUGCCAUUCCACAGCAUCUGUGCAUCAAGUUAACAUUCCAUCUCACCUGUAUAACCACAUAGAUCUUCAGUCCCACUCUUCAGUUUAACUCCCCUCCCCACCUCAUUAUGUAGUCAUGAAAAACAGUAUUGUAGACACACCUGUAGCCCUAAACAUUGCCCAGGUUUUGCGCACUCCAUUUCUUUUCCUGUCUCCUCUCUGAUCACAGGAGAUGUUUUACCUCUGGGUUUCAUUCUGUAAAUACUGAUCAUGUCUCAGAGUAAGGACAGUCACUGUCCAUCACUAACAAGAUUAGAAACAGCUAGUAGCUUCAGAAGCAUUUAGAAUGUACUGUAAGCAUCAAAUGUGAAAUAAAACAUGCAAUAUUACAUUUAUUUGAUCAAAUUAUGGCUAUAAUGUGCACCGUAUGAAUGACAUGUACAACCUAAAAUGAUUGUUCAAAUAAUGUGUGCCUAAUAAUUUGUUUAUACAAUGCGGCUGUUGUAAAUUUAAGGUAUUCUGUAAAUAUAUAUUAUAUUUAUCUGAUGAUAGUUUGGAUAUCAAAAUGUUUUUGGUAAAAAAAAAAUGCUCAAAGCCCCAAACGCUAUCUCUUUAUGUUCAUGUAAUAGCACUCUAUGGCUAUUUGACAGUCUAUUAACUGUAAAUAUAAAAUUCCUUGAAAAUGCUUUGACCUCUUUUUUUCAGCAUUACAAUUAAAAAUAACAAGAAAAACA